UCCUGAUCCUACAACAUAUCAGUCCCAUCAAGCAAGAGGAUCCAGUUGAACAGCAAUGAAUGACUCUUUCAAUUACUCUUUCAAUGACCAAUAUUACAUGGACUAUGUCGAUGAAGUGUGUGAAAAAGAUGAGGUGGUCAAGUUUGGAUCCAUUGCCGUUCCUGUGUUCUUCUCCGUUGUGAUCACACUGAGCCUCACAGGAAACAUCCUCGUCCUUGUAAUCCUUGCUUUGUACGAAAACCUCAAGUCUCUCACCAACAUUUUCAUCCUGAACCUGGCCAUCUCUGACCUCGUCUUCACCACCGGUCUGCCCUUUUGGGCAAUUUACCACAUCUGGGGAUGGUUGUUUUCAGAGGCCCUUUGCAAAAUAGUGACUUUUGUCUUCUUCACUGGGUUUUACAGCGGCGUCCUCUUCCUGACCAUCAUGACCAUCUACAGGUAUCUGGCAGUGGUCCACCCACUGUCUAACCUGAGCACACCGAGACUCAUCACCGGGGCUUAUGUGUCUUUCCUACUGUGGAUAAUCAGCAUUGGAGCAGCCAUUCCCUCCCUGCUCUACAGCACCCUUGUCUCGAUCCCCCACAAAGAUAAACACUCCCAGGGCUGUGAGUACGGAGACCCCCUGUGGAAAAGCAUUAGUGUCUUCCAACAGAACAUUUUCUUCUUUGUCGCUUUUGCAGUGAUGGCUUUCUGCUACAUUCAAUUGCUGUGGAAAAUCACAAGAACAAGAUCUCACACAAAGAACAGAGCGGUGAAGUUAGUCUUCUGCAUCGUGGCUGUGUUCUUCCUCGGCUGGGUGCCGUACAAUGUGGUCAUCUUUCUGAGGGUUUUGGCUGACAAUCUGGUUGCACCAUUCGAUGACUGUGACGCAACUAUCAAUCUUGACUAUGCGUUCUAUGUGUGCCGGCUCAUUGCUUUCUCCCACUGCUGCCUGAACCCUGUCUUUUAUGCGUUUGUUGGUGUGAAGUUUAGGAGUCAUUUGAAGUCGUUGCUGCUCCGAUUGUUCAUUCGAAGUCCAGCUGAAGAACAGCAGGUUAGAAUGCCGACCCUCUCACGUGCAUCAAUGUUCUAGUUGCUGUUUGAGUAUGUCAUGUCCUUGAAUUUACUGCUGCAUUUGCUCAAGUCCAGUGUGUGCUUGAUAAAAUCCAUUGUAUUGAAAUAUAGGGUUCAUACUUUGCAGCUUGUAAACUGCACUCAAUAUUCAAAUCUGACUUUUUCUCUUUAUCGUGUCUGUGUUAAUCCUCAUAAUAUAUCGCUUGUAUGGGACCAGGUGUCUUGAAUUGUUACAUUUAUUUACUGGCUCUUUAAAAAGAGACUCAUGUUUUUCAUGGACAUACAAAUAUAAUUAAAUAGUUACAGCGGAAGUGGAGCCUUUAUAGAAAAUAUAUGUUCACUGUGCAAAUUAAUUAUUAUGAUAUUUAUUUAAAAUUAUACCUACUCUCACUUAUCAUUUUAAUUCUGAUUUAUAGUGUGAAUUUAAUACAAUGUGCCAUUGCAUACAACAGCUAAAUGUUGGUAUUUCAUAUUUUAAAAGGAAGGGGUUUGUUUAUGGCCUUAAUGUUUUAAUGCUACUAAAUAUGCUUGUAUAUUAUAUUUAGUCCGUUAAUGGUCCCACCCAGUAAAAAGCAAUGUAAAGAUGUUUGUAAUUUUGAGUCCCUCUGUGCAAUAAAAAACACUGGCUUUUU